AACGUCGUCACCGGAAGUCUCGGUUCUGGUCCCCAUAGCAAAUUAUAGAUGACCCACACGCAUGCGCACUCCUAUAAUCCACAUAAAACAGUCCUCGGUGGGCAUCUUGUGUUCCACAAAACACCGUCGCUUAUUUUACGGCAGUUGAUCGCAUCAUCGCCAUGGCGUCCAGAGGGUAUGUGCAGGCAGCGGUGCUUCUCCUGGCGGUCCAGCUCUGUCUCGGUGCAGCUGAUGCGGAUCUGGAGGCAGGGACUGUGAUCCCCGCUGAAAGUCGCCCCUGUGUGGACUGCCAUGCCUUUGAGUUCAUGCAGAGGGCGCUGCAAGAUCUAAAGAAGACCGCGUUCAACCUUGAUGCCAGGACAGAGACGCUGGUGCUGAGGGCGGAGAGGAGGGCCCUGUGUGACUGUAUGCCCACUAACUCACUGCGCUGAGCCGGACACUUCCUCCUGCCACCACUACGAAACAACCCUGUUCUAAAACCUCGACUCAUCUUCUCCACACAAUAGGCACUUUAUUUUGUUUUCUCUCAUAUCAGCAUCUUCACGAGGCCUGUUUUUGUUUUUGCCUUAUUCGGGACGACUUUUCUACCACGAAUGUUUUCCAUUGUGAAUGACUUUGGACAUAAGUUUGUUUCCAUCGACAGCUCUCACCUGUUUCCUGCCAGACAUAAACUAAUUUUUUUGUGUUUUUUUUUGUUUUGUUUUGUUUUUCUCAACUGCAUCACACAGAAGAAUGCGUUUAUACGUUUACUUGUUGAAUGUGUUCGAGAUCAAUGUUUACGACGAUUACGCGCAUCAAACUGUAGCAUCACACUGAGUUUAUUUAUCUGCUCAAAGUAAGAUUUCAGUUUUGAUUUCAGUUCCAAUUAGAGAUCUGAGUGUAAUUUCACGGAUUAAAAGAAACGGAGGAAUUAACCAUGGAGAUUGUUUUUGUAAAAUGAUAUAAAUGUGAAGUUUUAUCAUAUUUUUAGGCGGACAAAAGAAUACUUGUAGGUAUUGAUUUAGCAAAGCACUGUAGCAUGAAUUUACGGCACUUUCUGUUCAUCUACUGUUAAUAUAGAUUGUAUGUAUAGAUUAUGUACUGUAUAUGUACACGGGAACGUGUAAUAGAGGUGUCCGCGGACUUUGUCUUCACCGUCUGACAAAGGCGAGAAUAGUGAUGAACUGUACGGUAUCAGAUGUGCUGCGCCAUCAGCAGGUGAAGAGGAGGAAACGGCGGAGGUGAAACAAUUGUCUUAUUGUUGCUUGUUCAUGGAGAGCGUACUCUGUUUUCACAAGAAGCCACAUUAACUGUCUUAAUGUUGUACCGAUAAAUAAAAAGAACUAAUGAUCUUAA